AUGUGAGUGGAAGUCAAAUGGAGCUCUAAUCAGCCGAAAAACUGCUCUUUUGCUGACUGCGCAGGAGCGCGUGAAUGUUCCCGAGUGUUCGGUUUCUCCUCCCGCAGUCGGACAGACGCAGUGCACGACACCAGAUAAACCGGGCACCGGGACACAAGAGCGCAGUGAUACUGAACGACUAAAACAUGAGGUUGUCGCUAUGUCAAAGAAAUGGAAUAACAUUUAAGCUUAAAAAGAAAUCUUGAAGAUUUUCUUUCUGGGUGGAGCUCUUUGGCAGGUAUCUUUCCCCCCACUUGGGAAUCGCUGACAGGGCGACCAGCUCUAGAAAAUGAAAUCUCAUGAGGGAGAACUGGAGAGGGAGAUCUCUAAGGUUCAGGGCAUGGUGUGUGAGUUGCGGGCAGGGUUUUCUCGUGCACUGCUGGAGCUGAAUCAGAUUCAGCAGGGAGACACUGAGCUGCAGAGCCAGCUGGAGGACACAAGACAUGGCUGCAACAAGCGCUCCCUUCACCUAGAGAGUCUGGUGCUGUCCCUCAAGGAGGAGCUGGAGGAGGUACGUUGUCAGUUUCGUCAACUCGGCGAGGCACAAGAAAGAAAGCCACCAGAGAAUCCAGGAAGAGAGAAUGUGAGUGCUGAUGUGUGUAUGUGUGAAUGCAGUAAUGGAGUGGAUGACCGUAGUGGACAGAUUAAUGGUGCUGCAGAGGCUCCUCCCCUUUCAUCUGUGGGUGGAGAUUUCCUCAUACACUGUUACCUGCAGGGAUUACAGGUGUGGCAAUGGGCCAGACAGAAUUCAGGUGGAGAUUCUCUUUCCUCUGGCACAGAUUCUCUAACAAACAGCUGCCUACGGCGGGGCAGGAGGCGGGGUGUGGUGGAGAUGCUGUUGCAGUCUGAACGCGAUUAUGUGUCUAGUUUGAAUCAACUCUAUGAGAAAUACAAAUCUGCUGAGCAAAAUGUGGCAUUUGUAAAGCAUAUCGAUCAGAUGCUACAGCGCCACCUGCUGUUUUGUAACAUCCUAGAAGAACGACUGACCACCGAUGAGAGAAGCUGUGCUGCAGGGGAUGCUUUCCUUAACCUUACUGGACAGAACAAUAAGUCUUUCUCUGAUGCAUAUCUUGGAUAUGUGGCCAGUCUGGGAACUGUCCUGAGAACAGAGAUCAGUACAACUUCACCCCACAGCAACCCACAAAAUGCACAGGAGAAGAAAGAGAGUUUCAGAUUGCUUUCACUACUAUUUGCUCCUGUUUCCCGCAUCCACAAAUACCUGAACAUCAUACAGGCUCUGUCACGCAGUUCUGGCGCUGGACAUGCAGACUGGUGUUCACUGCAGGAGAGCGAGCAGGUGCUGUGGGACCUCUGCACAAGCUGUCAUAUGACUUUGGCGAAGACGGGGCCGUGCGAAGAGGGGGAGAGGCCUGAACAAGGUUUGAGAAGCAGGUGCUGUGCCGAGAGCCCCGACUGUGGCCCUUCCGCUUUUACCAAGUACUGUGCCAACACUAAUGCAGAUACAGCCAGCGUCACAGCGGGCGCAGGCAUAGACAGCACUGUACACCAGAGGAAAUGCUGUCGUGUUGGCACCUCACGGACGCUACCUCGGCCCAGUGGCAUUUUAAGAAAUGGCCAUAAGCAUAUAUGUGAUCUGACCCCUGGUGGCUGGACUGCAGAGUACAUGUGGAAUGGCAGCUCAGGGAAGAGCCUCAUGGGUCCCAUCUGCGUACCCUUCGCUCGUCAUCCUAGAGAAGCCGGCCGCUUUCUGAAUCCUGUGCCACCUGUAGGUGUCGAGGGAAACCUCACUGCUGCUGCCAAGAGUCAGAGCUCCUCGGCUGGUCUGGCCGUGCGUGUGUGUGGGUCUCCAGGGCUCGACGGACGCAUAUACACAUCUGACCUGUACCCUUCGUCACAUCGCCUCGAUGAUGGGGACAUAGACUGCGACGUGGCUGAUGCAUCCGUUUUUGACUUCUCUUCUGUAACGACCUGUAGCCCAGAUGAAACUCUGAAUCAGCUCAGGGGAGUGGAAGCAUGUGAUGAUGAGGAUGAUGUUGAAGAGGACAGUGAGGUUCCAGUUCUCCUCAAACCUUCAUACACUCACAAUGCUUCAGCCGUGCAGGCAGGGGGAAGCUUAUGCAUGCAAUGGCAGAUUCCCAGACGGGCUCCUAUUCCUGCUGAGGUUUGCAUUGGGGCGCAAGGAAAGACACGUGCCCCAAAACCACACAGAAUGCCCACCAGUGCCUUCCGGCCGAUUUGGGACCCAACUUAUUCACAGGGUGAUGUGACUCCUGCAAAAGAGAACUCUGUGUCUUUCAGCUCAACCAAUCAGAUCAUUAAUCAGCAGCAAGAGACUGACCAAUCACGAUCUGCAUAUAGAGGGACUGGAGUUCAGCGGGCUGAAGCAGUGUGGCAUGACAGCGAGGACAGUGAAGGACCCUGCAGUACAGUCUGACACACUCCUAUGCCAGCAAACAAUUAAUAUUACGCACUGGUGCAACUAAUCAUACACAGGGAACUUCUCUGCUUCAUCCAAUGAAAUGACUGGAAUCUUUUUUAAAUAUCUGAGAUUACAAUUGAUGACUUAUUCUCACUGUGAAUUGACAUGAAGCACCAGCACCCUCACCACAGCUAAAUUCAACAAAAGUCUUCCAGCAUGAUUUGAUCCGUCAGAGAGAAAUAAACACUUUGAUGUAACAGAAUGCACAUAAACAGAGGAAUAAAAACGUUCAGUAGAAAAUAAGACUGCGAGUUUAUUAAUGAGUCUCAUGGAGAACAUGGUACAAAAGCAGUUACAGGCUUUGAAUGCACACGCAGACACACGCACAGACACACACACACACAAACAGUGAGUUUUUGGGAAUUACUAACACUUCAAACCAACUGACCAAUCAUCUCUGUGGGAGUGGCCAGCAUGAGAUUCUACACAUACAGGAUGUGACAUCACUACAAAACACUGCAGUCCCUCUAUGGCUGAUCGCCUCGGAGACCAUUUCCGUGGUCGAUUGGAUAGGAAUUGCUCUGGUGAUGAAGCCCUUCCUGUAUGGACCUUGUUUGGUUGAUGGAGCGAACCUGAAUGAGAGCAGGAGGCGUGAUUUACAAUAGAAUACAAUACAACAUUCUGACCGUAGCGUGGUGUCCGAAAGUUCAUGAGUUUUGGGAAACAGCCCGACGGUUGUCCUGACCAGCCCAUAGGACGGGGGUUAGCAGGACAGGGUCAUAAAGUCACAGGAUUGUGAGUUUGAGUCCUCUGCUUCUCUGUAACAGUACUGCCCUAAAGUGCAAAAAAGGCUCACCGCACACUAUUAAGACACACAAACUAGACACUGGUCCACACCAAACACUCUACAACAGUGUGUGAAUCCGGUGGGUCUCAGACUGAGAUUGUCAGUAGAUACAUCAGUAUCUGGGCCACCACGGCGCCGAGGUGAGGGCAGAUAUGUCACUCUGUACAGAAUACUUGGAGCACAAAUGGACGUGUUGUCUAGACAUUUGUUCUAAGCAUGGUCAAGGCGAAUGCUUUCAGACACUUAAUUUUUGUUCAGUACUGAUAUUGAAGGCACAUUAAGAGUCUGGUGCAGAAAUCACAGGUCGUAAGCAUCGGAAGAGGGGUGGGGAUUGUGAUGAAUCAACGAAUAGAUGAGUACGCCUUUGAGGGGAGGGGCUAAGACAUCAUAUUGGCUUUAAAUAGUGUAAGCAAAAAGCUCUCAUCAAAACUUCAAGAGUUCACCUGAAGGGUACAAUCUCUGGUCAAGGUCACGGUGAUGAGUUAAAGGCAACUGAAGAGAAGCGUGCUGAGGGUGUUUGGGUUGAACCCUGGUUGACCUUUGAACUGCAACCAAAUAAACAUCCACAGCAGAGUCUGACGGUGGUGAAAGGCCUCAGAGCAGCAUUUCCAUCAGUGAAUGUGCUGUCGAUGAGCACAUGACCUUGCGUAGUUCUGCAUGCUGAACGUCACGUGACGGAUGUGAAAAAUGAGGGAUAAUAACAUUCCUCAAGAGCAAUGAGCGUCUUCAGGUUUUUAUUAGCAUCAGAUUGUCUGGUUCCAGGUUAAACGUUGUUAAAACACACACACAUAUACACACACACACACACACACACACACAC